AGAUUCCUGUCAGCGGCGGCGGCGGUGGCGGCGACCGUCAGUUUUCGCUGAGGAGAAGCACGGAACGGACCCUUUGGCUCUCCCCUUUCCCCUUCCCCGCCCUGAACCCCUCUCCUGGCCGCGGAAUAUCAGUCCCCGUGGAGUUCCCCGUCCACCUCGCCUCCUUUUCCUCGGUCCUUGGCCCGGUGAAAGUCACUACCCUCGAGGAGGAGGCAGUGGCAGCCGCCCUCGCCUCGCCGCCCCCGGUUCGGUGCCCGCGGUCCCGGAGAGGAGGUGCCGCCGCCACCGCCGCUCCCCCCCUCCCGCUGCCCCCGGGCCGGGCUGGGUCGAGCUGCGAUGCCCUCGGACUUCAUCUCAUUGCUCAGCGCGGACCUAGACCUGGAAUCGCCCAAGUCCCUGUACUCGCGAGAUUCUCUGAAGUUACACCCAACACAGAAUUUUAAUAGAGCUGGACUAUUGGAAGAAUCUGUCUAUGAUCUUCUCCCAAAGGAGUUACAAUUACCUCCAUCUAGAGAAACAUCUGUAGCAUCAAUGAGUCAGACAAGCGGUGGUGAGGCAGGCUCGCCUCCUCCAGCUGUUGUUGCUGCUGAUGCUUCUUCAGCUCCCUCCUCUUCCUCCAUGGGCGGUGCUUGCAGCUCCUUUACCACCUCUUCCAGCCCUACCAUUUAUUCUACCUCAGUCACCGACAGCAAGGCUAUGCAAGUGGAGAGCUGCUCCUCAGCCUUGGGGGUAAGUAACAGAGGGGUAAGUGAAAAGCAGUUAACCAGUAACACAGUUCAGCAGCAUCCAUCAACACCGAAGAGGCACACAGUCUUGUACAUCUCACCACCACCUGAGGACUUGCUGGAUAACAGUCGGAUGUCCUGCCAGGAUGAGGGGUGUGGAUUGGAAUCUGAGCAGAGCUGCAGUAUGUGGAUGGAGGAUUCCCCCUCCAACUUCAGUAACAUGAGCACCAGUUCCUACAAUGAUAACACUGAGGUACCUCGUAAAUCACGAAAACGAAAUCCAAAGCAGAGGCCGGGGGUCAAACGACGAGAUUGUGAAGAAUCUAAUAUGGAUAUAUUUGAUGCCGACAGUGCCAAAGCACCUCACUAUGUGCUUUCUCAGCUUACCACGGACAACAAAGGCAACUCAAAAGCGGGAAAUGGAACAUUGGAAAACCAAAAAGGAACUGGAGUAAAGAAGAGCCCUAUGUUGUGUGGACAAUAUCCUGUUAAAAGUGAGGGAAAGGAGCUGAAGAUAGUUGUGCAACCUGAGACACAGCACCGAGCUCGGUACCUUACUGAGGGCAGCCGCGGCUCAGUAAAAGACAGAACACAGCAAGGCUUUCCUACAGUAAAGCUGGAAGGCCACAAUGAACCUGUAGUGUUGCAGGUGUUUGUGGGCAAUGACUCUGGACGAGUGAAACCACAUGGAUUUUAUCAGGCCUGCAGGGUAACUGGACGAAAUACAACUCCUUGCAAAGAAGUGGACAUUGAAGGCACUACUGUUAUAGAAGUCGGCCUUGAUCCUAGCAACAACAUGACACUGGCGGUGGACUGUGUAGGGAUAUUGAAACUGAGGAAUGCUGAUGUUGAAGCCAGAAUAGGAAUUGCUGGUUCCAAGAAGAAAAGCACUCGUGCCAGAUUGGUUUUUCGAGUUAAUAUCACGAGGAAAGACGGCUCCACUUUGACACUGCAAACACCCUCUUCUCCAAUUUUGUGUACUCAGCCAGCAGGAGUGCCAGAAAUCUUGAAGAAAAGCUUGCAUAGCUGUUCAGUGAAAGGAGAAGAAGAAGUGUUUUUAAUCGGCAAGAACUUCCUGAAAGGAACUAAAGUUAUUUUCCAAGAAAAUGUUUCUGAUGAAAACUCUUGGAAGUCAGAAGCUGAAAUUGACAUGGAAUUAUUUCAUCAGAAUCAUCUUAUUGUGAAGGUUCCCCCCUAUCAUGAUCAACAUAUAACUUUGCCUGUAUCAGUGGGAAUAUAUGUAGUGACAAAUGCUGGAAGAUCUCAUGAUGUUCAACCAUUCACUUAUACUCCAGACCCAGCAGCAGCUAGUGCUUUGAAUGUAAAUGUGAAGAAGGAAAUAUCUAGUCCAGCAAGACCUUGCUCUUUUGAAGAGGCCAUGAAAGCAAUGAAGACUACUGGAUGUAAUUUAGAUAAGGUAAAUAUUAUUCCUAAUGCCCUGAUCACUCCACUCAUACCAAGCAGUAUGAUUAAGAGUGAAGAUGUUACUCCAAUGGAAGUAACAGCAGAAAAAAGAUCUUCCACUAUUUUCAAGACUACAAACACAGUUGGAUCAACUCAGCAAACAUUAGAAAACAUCUCAAACAUAGCAGGAAAUGGCUCUUUUUCAUCACCGUCAUCUUCCCACCUGCCUUCAGAAAAUGAAAAACAGCAGCAGAUUCAGCCCAAGGCUUACAACCCAGAGACCCUGACAACUAUUCAAACCCAGGACAUCUCACAGCCUGGUACUUUUCCAGCAGUUUCUGCUUCUAGUCAGCUGCCCAACAGCGAUGCUCUAUUGCAGCAGGCUACACAGUUUCAGACAAGAGAAACUCAGUCUAGAGAGGUAUUACAGUCAGAUGGCACAGUGGUUAAUUUGUCACAACUGACUGAGGCGUCACAACAGCAGCAGUCACCACUACAAGAACAAGCACAGACUUUACAGCAGCAGAUUUCAUCAAAUAUUUUUCCAUCACCAAAUAGUGUGAGUCAGCUUCAGAAUACUAUUCAGCAGUUGCAAGCAGGGAGUUUUACAGGCAGUACUGCUAGUGGCAGCAGUGGAAGUGUUGACUUGGUCCAGCAAGUUUUAGAGGCACAGCAACAGUUAUCUUCAGUUUUAUUUUCUGCUCCAGAUGGUAAUGAGAAUGUUCAAGAGCAGCUUAGUGCAGACAUUUUUCAACAAGUCAGUCAAAUUCAAAGUGGUGUAAGCCCUGGAAUGUUUUCCUCAACAGAGCCAACAGUCCAUACCAGACCAGAUAAUUUAUUACCUGGAAGAGCUGAAAGUGUUCAUCCACAGUCUGAAAACACGUUAUCUAAUCAACAGCAGCAGCAGCAGCAACAGCAAGUGAUGGAAUCUUCAGCCGCAAUGGUGAUGGAGAUGCAACAGAGUAUCUGCCAGGCAGCUGCCCAGAUUCAGUCAGAGUUAUUCCCUUCAACUGCUUCAGCAAAUGGAAACCUUCAGCAAUCACCAGUUUACCAGCAGACUUCUCACAUGAUGAGUGCAUUGUCUACCAGUGAGGAUAUGCAAAUGCAGUGUGAAUUGUUUUCUUCUCCUCCUGCAGUUUCUGGAAAUGAAACUUCUACAACCACCACACAGCAGGUUGCAACCCCUGGCACUACCAUGUUUCAGACACCAAGUUCAGGAGAUGGAGAAGAAACUGGAACACAAGCAAAACAGAUUCAGAACAGUGUGUUUCAGACAAUGGUCCAAAUGCAACAUAGUGGGGACAGUCAACCUCAAGUUAACCUUUUUUCGUCCACAAAAAGUAUGAUGAGUGUUCAGAAUAGUGGUACACAGCAACAAGGUAAUGGUUUAUUCCAGCAAGGGAAUGAGAUGAUGUCACUUCAAUCUGGAAAUUUUUUGCAGCAGUCUUCCCAUUCACAGGCCCAGCUUUUUCAUCCUCAAAAUCCUAUUGCUGAUGCUCAGAACCUUUCCCAGGAAACUCAAGGUUCUAUUUUUCAUAAUCCAAAUCCUAUUGUCCACAGUCAGACUUCUACAACUUCCUCUGAACAAAUGCAGCCUCCAAUGUUUCAUUCUCAAAAUACCAUUGCUGUGUUACAGGGCUCUUCAGUUUCUCAAGACCAGCAGUCAGCCAACAUAUUUCUUUCCCAGAGUCCUAUGAGUAAUCUUCAGACUAACACAGUAGCCCAAGAAGAACAGAUUUCAUUUUUUGCAGCACCAAACUCAAUUUCUCCACUUCAGUCAACAUCAAACACUGAACAGCAAGCUGCUUUCCAACAGCAAGCUCCAAUAUCACACAUCCAGACUCCUAUGCUUUCCCAAGAACAGGCACAGUCCUCCCAGCAGGGUUUAUUUCAGCCUCAAGUGUCCCUGGGCUCCCUUCCACCUAAUCCAAUGCCUCAAAGCCAACAGGGAACCAUGUUCCAGUCACAGCACUCAAUAGUUGCCAUGCAGAGUAACUCUCCAUCCCAGGAGCAGCAGCAGCAGCAGCAGCAGCAACAGCAGCAGCAGCAGCAACAGCAGAGUAUUUUAUUCAGUAAUCAGAAUACCAUGGCUACAAUGGCAUCUCAGAAGCAACCACCACCAAACAUGAUAUUCAACCCAAAUCAAAAUCCACUGGCUAAUCAGGAGCAACAGAACCAGUCAAUUUUUCACCAACAAAGUAAUAUGGCCCCAAUGAAUCAAGAACAGCAGCCCAUGCAAUUUCAGAGUCAGUCCACAGUUUCCUCACUUCAGAACCCAGGUCCUACCCAGUCUGAAUCAUCACAGACCCCCUUGUUCCAUAGCUCUCCUCAGAUUCAGUUGGUACAAGGGUCACCUAGUUCUCAAGAGCAGCAAGUAACACUCUUCUUAUCUCCAGCCUCCAUGUCUGCCUUGCAGACCGGUAUAAAUCAACAAGAUAUGCAACAGUCUCCUCUUUAUUCCCCUCAGAACAACAUGCCUGGAAUUCAAGGAGCCACAUCUUCGCCUCAACCACAGGCUGCUUUAUUUCACAACACAGCAGGAGGCACAAUGAACCAACUACAGAAUUCUCCUGGCUCAUCUCAGCAGACAUCAGGAAUGUUCUUAUUUGGCAUUCAAAAUAACUGUAGUCAGCUUUUAACCUCUGGACCAGCUACAUUGCCUGAUCAGUUGAUGGCCAUAAGUCAGCCAGGCCAACCACAAAAUGAGGGCCAGCCACCUGUGACAACACUUCUUUCUCAGCAAAUGCCAGAGAAUUCUCCACUGGCAUCAUCUAUAAACACCAACCAGAACAUUGAAAAGAUUGAUUUGCUUGUUUCGUUGCAAAACCAAGGGAACAACCUGACUGGCUCCUUUUAACUGGAUAUAAAUUCCAUGAAGAAAAUCCUGAUUCCAAGAUGUCCUGAGAUCUUGUGGUUUCAUGAGAAUGAUUGAACUAUUAACUUUAAAAACAAAAUAAGAUAUGAAAAAAUGUAUUUGAGUAAAUUGAUAGAUUUUACUCUGACUGCAAAAGAGCACACCUAUGCUGCUUGUUGCAGUGAUGAACCACCAACGUUAACAUCUUCAUAUUUUAUAUUCCUAAUAACAGUGAUGACUGAGAAUCUAUUUGAGUUUCCAGCUGGCAGAAUUAAUUGUUACUGUUUUCCUAGGCGUAAUUUCCUUAAAAGUACAGUUUAAAUUCAAGGCUGGAACACUCAGUUAUUAUUGCUAUUAGAAAAUGAUAUGUCAUGUUUACUUUUGUUCUUCAUUAUUUUUUUUCCUGCGUUGUUUUAGUCAAGUAAUGGCUUUUGAAAAAGUAAAGUUCAAUAAUAACUAAGGCAUAUUUUUUCAAUAUAAAAGGCACAGCUGUUGGCCACAGUGAAGGAAUCUUUUUUUCAGUUUUUAUGGAGAAACUGAAGGGGUAACAUUCUAACAAGUAAACUGUAUAUGCAGAUAAAAGGAAUCUUGAUUUAACACAAAGGCAUAUGAUACACUUAUAAAACUGGGAACAGCUGGAAUGCUAUUGAUUUUAUUUUUUCAGAGAGUUGUUCUCUGGGUUUCUACUAAGGGGUUUAGCCAUAACUGUGCAUAGAAAAAUAAUUAUCUUUAUUUUAAAAAUGAAGGGGAUAAUAUAUGAUAAAUUAUGUUCUGAUAUCCUCCUACAGUAGUUAAAACUGACAGAAAAAUUUGAGUGUUUUCUUCUUAACCCAGUAUUAGGCUGGUUUUCCCUUUUUAUAUACAUCUAUUUUACUUUUCACUUCUUUUUCACUUUAGAGAACUAUUAAUAUACUACUGGCUUCAUGACCCUGUAGCCUCUUUGGCCACUUUAAUCUAGGGUGACCUAGCAAUCCUGCAGCACAGGGCAGAGAGUAUUCUCUUAGGAAUUAUUGGGAGUUGAUUCCUGAGAAACAACACAUUUUUUCCCCAUGAACGGUGCUGUUCUGAAGUCUUCAAAUUUUUCCCUCUAAUAGGAAACAGUAUAAAUUUCAAUUAAAAAAAAAAAAAAAAGGCAAACUAAAAUUUCUUGAAACAUCACUUCUCCCUGAUCUGCAGUGAGUGUAAAUUCACUUGUCACCUCAGUGCUUUACAGUUUGAAGUGGUCACUUACCUGAUGGUUCCCACAAGCCUUAGGCUUUACGGGGUCAUAUCAUUGACUUAAAAUGAAGAAUUAACUUGUGUUACAUCUAUAAAGAGCAAAACAACACUCCAGAACUUGGCAGUUGUAGCAUUAGUUAUACAGUUAUGGGUGUUCUUGCCACCCAUGGGAUGCCUGCUUCUCACUACCACCUGUGUCUGGACACAUGCUUAUGUCUCAUUUUCCUUUUAGCAUGUGGAAAGCUGUCAAUGCAGUGUAAGGCCAACGUGUGUGUGGCUUCUAUGUGUUUAUAUAAUGUUUUGGUAUCCUUGUUCGUUUCAUUUAUUUUUUAAGUGUACAAAAAAUAGCCUAUUAAUUGUUGAAGGCUACUUUUCUGCUUUUGUUUUCUAUC